AUGGACAGUUCGUUCCGGCUGUUGUGGUCGCGUGGGACCGCUUCAACAAUGGGAAAGCGGUCCACGGAUCUAAUCCAUGCUGCCACCGCUAACCACACCAGUCAUGUCGCUCGAUGGUAUCUGGCCAUCAUUGGAUUUAUUGUCGCACACCCUUCCGUACCGCUGAUGAGUAUUUCACUUGAAGAUACGCUGAAGGUUGUUUGUGCUCCAGGUUGGGAAGACAUGCUAUCCGUAAUCGUACUUGUCUGGUCACUGGACGUGGCGUUCUCUCAAAUAUACAACUUCGCGCACUCGUUACCGACACAAAAACACCACUUUCUUGGAUCGAGGAUUAGAUUUCCUACAGUUGUCCUCAGUCUUCUCUAUUGCGCAGUGAUGUUCCUGUCCAUUUCGUUUUCUGUGUUUCUUUAUCCGUUUGGGAAUGCGCGAGACGUCCUCGCGGCAGUUACCCUAUUCUUAUUAGUAUCGGACGUUGAUGCGUUUCUCGGUUGUUCACAGUGUUUCAUGGCGUCGUUCUUAGCAAAUGGGACGGCACUGGAGAGAAGUCCGACCGUUUGGUUGUUGUUCACGUUCCGCAAGUCAGCGUUCACUCAAGAAAAGUUGAUCAAUGCGCUGGUGAAAUUAUUUGGAUUUGGCGUUGGUGCCACGUGUGGUUACCGUAGAUUUGAAACAGUUUGUCGCAUUGUCCUCAUACAGCUGUUCGUCUACACGGUCAUCUUGAUUCACCUUUCUUUACUGAUCUGGCUCACAACUACCAGAGGGUUCUCUCUGUCCGUCACGAUGAACUUACAAUCGAAGCAGCUCGUUGGCAGCACACCCGUAAGUAUGGCCGUGCGUCGCCGCAGCCGUUCUUGUUCGGCCAAAGUGCAGUCCUACCCCGAAAGGCUUCCAGUCAGUGUUUCAACCGUUCUUCAACACAACCCUAACCUCAGAUAUGCAUCUCCGGUGUUGGAUAGAAUCAAGUACCUCAUGACGGUCACUCUCUGCUUACUGUGUCUGCACAACCAGUUUGUCACGUGGUUGGGCGAAGACCAGGAAUUCGAUACUCAACACGCUUCCAACACAACCGCUUUCCAGUAUGCAACUCCACCUUCAUUUUUUAUUCGCUUUUUUCGGUGGCAGUGGUUUCGGCUAUUCAACCGUGCCACACUCAAUCUCAGCCUGUUUGUGAUCACAGCCGUGCUUCUCUAUCAUCGUGCGAAACUGCGUGCUGCGCGGCACGCGGAAUUGUUGGAUUUUACUGUGGGCACUGACGCAUCCUUUGUUGGUGACACCACUUCAAAGGUUGGAGAGGAAGUCAAGUGGAUGUCAACGAAUGGGACCCCUCCUUUUUCUUCCACAUCCCAAAGAACGGCCUCGGCCAUUGAAACUCAUCUUCCCACGGAACGUCUACCAGCUCGGAAGGCGUGUGAUGACGAAUUGGCAACCGAGUGUUCCAUCCGAGCAAGGCUUCCACCGGAUGCGUUUGUUGCCGACGACGAACUGCUCAAACAGCUGUCGAUGGGUAAGCUGAAAACUCGGGACUUGGAAUCUCUAGUGCGAAAUCCCAAUCGAGCGGUUGAACUUAGACGUGCGGACCUCUGUCGUCUUUUGUCCAACCCACACGCGUUGGAGCGGCUACCUUUCAGAGAGUAUGACUAUCGAUUCGUUCAUGGCCAGUGUUGUGAGGAGGUUAUUGGAUUCAUCCCGAUACCUGUGGGAAAGGUCGGCCCGCUGUUGUUAGAUGGUCGUUCACACUAUUUGCCCCUUGCAACUACCGAGGGUUGUCUGGUUGCGAGUACCAACCGGGGUUGCCGUGCACUGUUCCUUUCUGGUGGAGCCAAAAGUGCUGUGUUCCGCGAUCAGAUGACGCGAGCUCCGGUGGUGUGGUUCCCUUCGGUCUUGGAAGUUGUCCAAUGUAUCGCCUGGAUUGAGUCGACUGAAGGCUUCCAGAGCUUGAAAUCCGUGUUCGAUCGGACCAGCGGCCAUAUCAACCUCAUCUCGGUGUUUCCCAAUCCGACAGGGCACUAUCUACACAUUCGCUUUUCUGCCCGCACAGGAGAUGCCAUGGGGAUGAAUAUGGUAAGCAAGGCGACGAAUGCGGCACUUCACGAACUUCAGCGUCACUUCCCCACAAUGCAGGUCAUCUCUCUCAGUGGCAAUAUGUGCACGGACAAAAAAGCCGCGACGAUCAAUACUACUCUGGGACGAGGUAAAUCGGUCAUCGUUGAGUCCUGUUUGCCAGCCACAGUGCUUGCUCAGGUCUUGCACACGACUGCCGCACGUCUAACCCGAUUGGCACACGCGAAGAACUGGACUGGCUCGGCCAUGGCUGGAUGUCCUGGUAUGAUGGGAUGCAAUGCACAUGCGGCCAAUAUUGUUGCUGGGCUUUUUGCUGCAACCGGACAAGAUUUGGCCCAAGUAGUCGAUGCUGCCGCAUGCCUCACACAGUUCGAAGUGGGCGAUAACGAGUCUCUGGUUGUGAGCGUCACGAUGCCGUGCAUUGAAGUGGGGACAAUCGGGGGUGGGACACGUCUACCCGCCCAGCGAGCCUGCCUGGACAUACUUGACUUGAGUGUGGAUAAACCGACGGAACAUUUGGCACGUCUCAUCGCUGGAACGGUACUGGCCGGUGAACUCAGCUUGAUGGCGGCUUUGGAUACGGACGAUCUAGUGUCCGCUCACCUUAGAUUAAACCGGUCCACUAUACCGGUAACCAAACAAAUUGAGCAAUCGAUAGAGACCUCCGCAUCGUCGUCCUCAGUCCGAACGACCGCGGUGUCUGGUUUUCUCGUGAAGUCCGAUGCUUCGGGUAGACUUGAGCCACCACACGCUAUCAUGUGA